AUGCAGGGGAAGCCGCUUGGGGGCGCCGCGGCGCCAGGCGGCACCGUUGGCGCCGCCGCCGCGGGCGCGGGCGCGGGCGCCGCCAGCGCGGGAGGCGCUGCAGCUGGUGGCCCGCCGCCAGGCGCCCAGGGUGCCGCAGGCGGCGGCGCCGACACGUCGCGCGACGUCAAGACGGUGGAAAUUGAUGGUGGUGUACUUUUUGACCUUCGCUCUCAGCUGGAGUCCGAUGGCAAGCUCAAGGACCCCGAAGUGCAGGCCACCAUCCAGAGCCUGUUCAGCAAGGCGACCCAGCGCCUUGAGGAGGAGAACGCAGAGUUUCCCGAUGAGCCACCAGUGGGACCUGCACCAGCCCCACCGCCAGCUUGGGAAGAGUUGCUAGAUAGGUUGGAGGCCUUCGUGGCAGGCUCUGGAUUCACGGCUGAGCAGGCGAAGGAUACGCAUGCUGAGUUCUGUGCUUUGGCUGAGCAGGAGCUGGCGAACACUUACCAGAUCGAUCCAGCGCAGGCUGAUGGGGACAAAGGAAGAGGAGCCCCCUUCAGGUUCGUUUGGAGGCCUGCUCUAACGAAAGUCGGGGGCCCCUACCCCCUGGGAUCUCCAGUGUCCAGGGCAAUGAGGAGGUAUAACGUCAGGAUGGAGGAGUUGUUGUUUCUGCUCCGCAAGGGCCGUUCAGGCCAGGAUAAGCAGCGCUGGGUCAACUGGAGGCAUAAGCAUUUUUCUCUGGAAGGCUACCACGCCGAGGCGCUGCAUGAAGCGAUCCAGGACCAUAAGUGGCCGGGGAUCGGUGUUUCUCUGAUGGUGGGCGACACUGGUCUCCUGGCCGUGGGUGGUCAGCUAGUUAGGUGCACUCUGUUUGUUUGCAGGUCCCUGGAGAAGCUCGAGAUGAAGGUUUCGAGACGUAAAUCGAUCCUGGUGGCCUCGGGCCCGAAACUUGGAAAGCAGCUGGCGUGGGCGCUUCGGGAAUUCGGGUUCAAGCAUGUUCAGGCGACCAAAAACCUCGGGGUCGAUUUCAAGCUGAAGGGUAGAAAUGUCGAGAAGCUCGACCCGAUGUUCGCAGCAAAUUCUUUGCCUCUGCAGAUGUGGGUCAGAGCAGUAUUUGAUUCGUGGGCCACGGAUGCCCAGAUGAAGCACGCCUUCGACUACGCGGUCAAGGCUAGUGGGACGGGGGCCGCAGCCAUGGCCCUGACUCAGCCUGACAUCCUGUUCACGAGAGCCCUGGUGGACUCCAAGAGGACCGAAUUCCCCAAGAUCCUCCAAGGUGCUGAGUAUCGGUGGGCUGUGAAGCCCGCGAGUGGAGUGCUAGGCCCGCCUCUGCGGGGCACCCCGCGCGUGAUAGGUGCCAUUGGCAGAGAGGUAAAGGCGACAACGUUGCCACUAGAUCUGACGAAGUUCUACAACUACUUGCAUCAUGUCACGACCGAGCCGACGCACCGAGAGGCCCUCGGCGCCCAGGACUGCGAGGGCGAGCCGAGCGAGUGGAGGGACUGGACGUACCCCAAGAAGCAGUGGUGCUGCGAGAACUUCAACACCGCGUGCCCCGACUCGGAGGAGUUCGACUGCGUGGCAGGCGUGGACAACUGGAAGACGGGCUGGUCGAGCGCCAAAGUGGACUGGUGCUGCCAGAACUACGACGCGCAGUUCUGCAGCACCGACGGCUACAGCUGCGACGAGGGCGUGGCCACCUGGCGCGAGGGCUGGUCCGACAAGAAGAUCCAGUGGUGCUGCGAGCACUCCGGCGACGCGCAGUUCUGCGAGGGGGACGACGCCGCAGACGCCGGCGCCGCCGGCGACGCCGGCGAGUGGUACGACUGCCAGGAGGGCGUGGACAACUGGCUGGAGGGCUGGGAGCAGCCGAAGAAGCUCUGGUGCUGCGCCAACUUCAACCACGCCUUCUGCGACGAGAUGGGCCGCAACACGCUGGACGACUUCCCGGCGCCAGGGGCCGACGCCAAGCUGGAGUGCCAAGCAGGCCGAGACCGCUGGGACGCACACUGGCCCGAGGGCAGGAUGGAAUGGUGCUGCCAGCACGGCGGCGCGGAGUUCUGCGACCCGCCCGCGCCCGCCCGCGCGGCGGCGGCUGCGGUGGCCCGGGGCAGCGGCGAGCCUUUCGAGUGCGGCGACGUGCUCGCGGUGCGGGCCGAGAGCGAGUUCGCGGGUUGGCCGAAGGAGCCCCCCUGGGGAGGGUGA